CAAAUAUAUAAAAUGUAAUUUAGCGACAUGAUUUGUUUAUUGUUUUUUUUAGGCAUUGCAAACGCUGAGACGCAUCGUUGUGGACUUGUGGACACUUUAAAAACGCUACUCCCAACUCUGGGCUAAGGAGUGAGCUACAUGCUAGCCGCUGUAGCACAACAGCAAGGGAGCCGAACAUCACCCACGAUAACCCCGUGUGGAUUUGACGUCGGCACGCAUUGUGGCUUGGAUGUUUGGCAAAGGGCAUAUCCCUGGGAAUUUGGACGAUGGACGAGGCCUGUGACAUGCAGCACUUCGUGAAGUGUGGUGUCACGGUGGAGGGCUCAUUUCUCUGAUUUGGAUUAUUCUCGGCCGUGCAGCAUCCACAGGCCCACUAAUCCUAGACCAGUUCCUCAAUGGACACUCUGCUCAAGUCCGAAAUCAGAGACGAAGGAAGUGGUGCUUCGGUAAAGGUGGAAGGGCUGUCCAAGGCGGCGCUUAUCAAAAGUCUAUCUCCCAGAGUCAUGCUGUCCAAUCAUCUCUUGCCUAAAGGGGCCAAGAUGAAGGUCAACCUAGAGGAUCAGGGUCGUCAGAAAGUGUCCUUCAGCUUCUCACAGACCAAGAAGCCACUGCACAGCCUCUUCGUUAUCCCCUCCAGUCCAGAAAGGUCUGACGCUGAAACUCUCACUGCCUCGCCACAGCCAACAGUCGACAAGGGAAAAGCCGCAGACAGCAAAAAUGAGCAAAAGCAGACACGCACCUCGCUAAAUGAACAGACACCCUCACAGGUUCCAGGCUUUGCUGCUAAACUGAAAAUGGACUUGGCCAAGAUGCAUUUCAAGAAGCAAAUACUGAGUGUGUCGAUAACUAGGCAAAAACGAGCAUCUCUUGAUUCAGAGGAGACACCGACCUGUGAUUUGCUAGGUAUGCAAAAAUCGACAAAUAACAGUGUAAUCAAGUUCCCAAGUACCCAGCAUCAGAUCCCCAUCAGUGUGAGCCCCUCUAAGGAUUCUAACAAGGAUUCAUCUGAGAGUCAGCUACUGUCCAGCCUCAAGAAGCUUGCUGCAUCUCCAGGAAAAGAAGAAAGAUUUUGUAGUAAUGAACAGGAUGGUAACACAUACAGAAGGAAAACCAGGUCGCAAACUGGCACAGAAAUGGACGAAAAUCCUAUCCAAAUGUCUUCUAGACACAAAUCAUCUGAUUCUAAAAGUAAAAGUAAUUCGGAAAGCAGUAGCAAAGCAGCAACAAGAAGGUCUUCACCUGGGUCACAUGGGGAAGAAAAGGAAAAAAGUUUAUCUAGGAAAUUUGAGAAUCACGAAAGGUCAUCUAGUUACACAAAACCAGACCGCGACUCUAGAUACACAUCAACGCGGUCAAUGCGAACAGAGAAAGAUCGCAGAAGAUCCAGAUCCAGGUCCAGAUCGCAAUCUAGAUCUAGAGGCUCUCGAACAAGUUCAUCUUAUUCCAGAUCAGAGCGAUUGAGAACCGACAGAGGUUCCCGCACAGAAAAAUCCUACUAUCAUGAUUCGGAUCGCAGAUCGUACAGGAGUCCUCCGCGCAGAGACAGGCGACGAUCUCGCUCACGCAACGACAGAACUCGGGAAAGUUCUGGCUCUGAAGAUGACCAUCGCAAGACGAGGUCAAGGACAAACGACGCCAAUAAAUCAUCUUCCUACUUGAGCUCUCAGAAAGAUUACAAGUCUUCAUCUUACUCAAAAUCUGGGAAGACAUCUAAAGAUACACAUCAUUCAUCUGAGUUUGAUAAAAAAAGUCAAUCCUCAUUGUCAAUAUCAGAAAGGACUUCAAAGCGGUUCUCAGAGUCUGAUUCCCAGCGCAAGUCAUCUCCUGGUGUAGAAUUAAGGUACUAUAAGUCUAGCACCCAUCAUAUAGAAGAGACCAGCAGGAAAUCCAAUUCUUUGAAUCUGCAGACGUUAGAUCAUGUGAAGCAAUGCCAUGAAAAUCAUCAAAAAAAAAACUUGAUUGAAUUUGAGGCAGAUCAAAGGACUGAAUUACAGGCAAACUCUGGUUUAGAGGAGAAAUUUAGAGAACACGCAGAUAGUAAUCCAGAGUCAGUACAGAUGACCUGCUCACCUGAGAAAACCAGUGAGCAUGAUAAUGACAUAUGUCACAACCUCAGUGAAAAAACAACGCAUAAAACCAUAGAAACGUGUUUGCCUGGUGAAAAAGAAAUAUCCAAUCAUACAGCAGAGAAAAGAGAAUGUGACCACCAGGAUGCUGAGGAAACCAUGAAAGAGUCACUAUGCGACAGUUUAGAUGGAAGAAAAUCAAGUCUCGAAGGUGAGAAAGAACAUGCAUCAAUUAUACCUUCAAGUGAAAGCCUGCAGCAUGCCGAUGUACCCCUUAAAGGAAUAAACGAUGUGAAGGAAUGCUUUUCUCUUCAUACAUCAGAUGUGACAUCAGAUGAUGCAGUGGAAAGUUUACUCAGUAGUAGUGAUGGCAAAGUGUGCAACCAAGAUGUGAAAAAUGUUUAUACUUCCCAAGGUGCAAAGUCUAUAUUUACCAUUGAAGACAUACCUUCCACACUCGAUGUCCAGAACGGUAAACCAGAGGAUGAGGUGGGUAAAGCUGUGACUCCCAUUGAGCAGGCUGACACAAACCCACCACUGCAAUAUGAGACACCCUGUAAAACUGAGACUCUUAUGACACUUGAACAGCCGAUCACAGACGACGCUAAAACAACGAGCAGCGCAACUAAAAAGUCCCGAUGGGAUAUUGUCGGGCAGAAAAAUCCAGGGAGUGAUGAUUCACAACAGGCAAAUUGUGAAGAGAGUGAACAGUAUAUUGAAAAGCUUUCUUGUGUAAAGAAAAUUGAAUUUUCCACAAAUGAAAGUACACCAGAACCCGAAAGACAUUCUAUAUCGGGGAAAGGGUGUGAGAGGCUAAUGCAGGCAGAUUGUUAUGAUGACCAAGAGGAGCAUUUGCAGGGUGACACUGGCAUUGAGAAAACAACUCCCGUCCCGCCUUUGUGCAACAGUGAUGCACCACAGGUCAUCAAUACUACACAGAUGCAGAGCUGGAAUAGUAAUUUGAAAGAGAAAUCUGGAGGCCAUAGCGAGGCCAGUGAUAGUGAAAACUCUGAUUAUGACUCCGAUUGUGGCAAGGCAAGUAAACGAUUGCACUCUGUAGUGGUAGUGCCAAAGAAUUCAUCCCUUACAAGUGAAUCACGUGACACUGGAGCUUCUUCGGGCAGUCCAGUGAAUAAACCAGAACCCCACAAUAGCAGCAUUAAUAGUUGUGAACUGCGAUAUCAAAUCAACUCUCAACAAAGGCUAGAGGGUGUUGUAUCCAACACUAGUAUGCUUUGUCAAUCCCAGAGUAAUACGAUUGACAGCACCAGUCACUCUGAGGGAACCACCUCUGCGAGCGUCUCACAGCCUUACUUGACUGGUCCCAUCAGUGUCCACGAAGGUAUUCCUAAUCCCCCCCAUAGCCUUGACAUUUCCAGACAUAACCAACAACUGCAACAUUAUGUUAACAGCGUUGACGGCACACUCACCCAUUACCAACAUUCUUCAAUUGUUGACGUCAAUAACAUGAGUGGAUUCAACCAGAGUUGGAAUUUUUCACAGCCAGAGCUGCCCAGUAGUACAUAUCAACAGCCAGACAGCAGCCAUGGACCACUGUUACCAAACUGUAAACUUUUAGAAGCCGUUCCUAAGGAACAGCAACAUGAGCAUCAUAAUCUCUCGUGGCAUCACCAAGGCUCCAACAUACAGACAAGCCAAAAUCUCUACCAACAUUUGCAUGAACAGUAUCAUGAUCGUGCAAGUGAAAUCCACCCAGAUUCUCUCACUACUGACCAUGAUGACUACUGCAGGGCUAAACUAUCCUUGCUUAACAAAACAGCCAUCGAGUACAGUGGACCCCCAGGGUCGACAAGUUUUGUGCAAGGUCAUGAAAUUAGCAGCAACAGCAGGUGCUCUGCAGUCCCUGAUCCCCCAAGAGAGAUCAGUUUUAGGGCCCACAGGAGCAGGGGCCCACCAAAGAAAAGGCGGCCAGAGAUCGAGUCCGAUUCUGACAAUGAGGCUGAAGCUGGACCUGCGGGCAAGAGGGAUCGUCAAUUAGGAGAGCUCGAAGAAGCUAAAGAAAGUCAAGUCAAAGCUGAGGUGGUGCGGCCAUCACUCGCUCUCCGGGACUUCCAAGACUCCAGUAAAUGGAAAGAACUGGCCAAGACAAAGAAGAUGCCUCCUUAUUUUGACCUAAUUGAAGAGAAUAUGUACCUAACUGAGCGAAAGAAGAGCAAAUCUCACAGAGAUAUCAAGAGGAUGCAGUGCGAGUGCCCGAUGCUGCCCAAAGAGGAGCGUUCAAGGGGAAUGUUGGCUUGUGGGGACGACUGUUUAAAUCGGCUGCUGAUGAUCGAAUGCUCCUCACGGUGCUUAAACGGGUCUUACUGCUCGAAUCGACGCUUUCAAAUGAAGCAGCAUGCUGAUUUUGAUGUCAUCCUCACAGAAGACAAGGGCUGGGGUCUCCGUGCAGCUAAAGACUUGUCUUCAAACACUUUUGUGCUAGAAUAUUGUGGGGAAGUGUUGGACCACAAAGAGUUCAAAGCAAGAGUGAAAGAAUAUGCACGCAACAAAAACAUCCACUACUAUUUUAUGGCUUUAAAGAAUAAUGAGAUCAUCGAUGCAACACUAAAGGGUAAUUGCUCUCGGUUUAUGAACCACAGUUGCGAGCCCAACUGCGAGACGCAAAAGUGGACGGUCAAUGGCCAACUUCGAGUUGGCUUUUUCACCACAAAGGCAGUCGCUGUGGGAACCGAGCUGACAUUUGACUACCAGUUUCAGAGAUAUGGGAAAGAAGCCCAGAAGUGCUUCUGUGGAGCCCCCAGCUGCAGAGGCUUCCUGGGAGGGGAGAACAGAGUCAGCGUCCGAGCAGCUGGAGGGAAGAUGAAGAAAGACCGUAGUCGAAAGAGUGCGCUCACCACGGUUGAUGAGGAAUUGGAGGCCUUACUAGAGAAUGGUGAAGGGCUCUAUGAUGAGAAGCAAGUGGUGUCCCUGUGCAGACUUAUGGUCCGUGUAGAAACCAUGGAGCAGAAACUCACCUGUCUCAAGCUCAUACAAGAUACUCAGAAUCCUUCAUGCUUAAAGCAGUUCUUGGAUCAUCACGGCUUGUCUUUGCUCUGGAUCUUCAUGGUGGAAAUUUCUGAAGCCAAAGGAAACAAUGCUAACAACAUCAAAUUGCAAUCACAGAUCCUGAAGGCCUUGGCUGUGUUACCCAUCUCCACUAAGAACAUGUUGGAAGAGAGCAGGAUCCUGACCUUCAUUCAACGAUGGGCUCAGACGAAAGCACUCCUUCAGCCCACUGAGAUGGACGGCUACUCCAGCGAGAACACCUCUCGGGCUCAGACGCCCCUCAACACCCCUGACGGUUCCUCAACCAAAGUGGGACCAGAAUCGGAUGGGGAUGCCUCAAAACCGGCUGUGUACCAACGCCCCAAAAUUAUCAGCGAGAACAGUCUGGACAGCGCCCUCUCUGAUGCCAGCAAAGCGUCUGACGGCAAGGAGGAGGAAGAGGAGGACGAUGAUGAGGAAGAAGAUGAAUCCACACAAGGCGCAGUUAGCGAUAAACAAUUAAAGGUAGAUACUGCAAGUGAACCAGCUAAUCUGGUAAACGAAACACAGGAAGACGAGGUAAAAGAUGUUAAAAAGGAAAAACAGGAAGAGACAGAAAUGGCUUCAGCUAGUCAAGACCAGCCUCACAGUGAAGAUAUUAAAAACCCUACAGAGUUGGCGUUGGAGCAGGACGCUGAAGUAAAAGUGGAAACCAUUGAUGAACUAAAGAAGGAACUUGAGGAAUCUGACAAACUUAGCGUAGAGCAGCAGACUAGUAAAACAGCCGCAGAAAGCACUAAUGUGGUAAACGACCAGCCUCUGGGUGACACUCUGCAGGAACCAGAUAUUCAGACGGUUGAAAUGGAUGUUACUGACACUCCAAUUGAGCAGCCUGCAGAGGAGGUGAUUGCAGAGGAGGUGGUUGGAGAGGCAAAAGCAUUGACGGCUGACAAAGCUAUUCCAGGCCCUGAUAUUCAAGCAGAUGAAUCAGCCAUCAUUGCUCCCCCAAGCUCUGACACCCCCGAGGUCAGUAUACCUGCGGAGGUCACAACAGCCCCUCUAGAUCCGCCAGUGAUAGGAACGCCUUCUCAGGAUGAAGAGGAAGCUGUUUCAGAUGUGGAGAGUGAGAGGAGUCAGGAGCCUCAAGUCAACGCUUUGGACAUUAGUAGCAUGGCUGCCAGGCUACUGGACAGCUGGAAGGAUCUCAAGGAGGUGUACAGAAUACCAAAGAAGAGUCAGGUGGAAGCUAAUGAUCGCAGUCGAGAUCGUGAUACAACUUUGACAUCACGGAACACCUCUGGUAGCCGUGAAAAGGAUCGUGAAAAGGAACGGGAUAGGGACCGAGAUUAUGACAGAGACUGGGACAGGGAGAGAGACAGAGACCGGGACAGAGAAAGAGACCGGGACAGAGAUAGAGACCGGGACAGAGAAAGAGACCGAGACAGAGACAGGGACCGUGACCGAGACAAAACUCCGCGUAGCUCUGAGAGACGAAGGAGACGGUCGACAUCCCCGCCUUCUUCUUAUGAGAGGAGCAGUCGGCGAACUGAGGAACGGUUUGACCCGCCAAAGACACCAAGGGGCAUUGGCGUCAAGGAGCGCAACAAGCUUUCUACAGAGGAACGCAGGAAGCUGUUUGAGCAGGAGGUUGCUCAACGUGAAGCCCAGAAGCAACAACAACAGCUUCAGCAGCAGCAGCAGCUUCAGCAACAGCAGCUUGAGCAGCAACAACAGCAGCAGCAGCAGCAUCAGCAGCAGCAGCUCCAAACGAUGGCCUAUGACCCUGCCUUGGCCUACGCUUCCAGUUCUGGCUUCAUCACCUACCCACCUGGAUAUCCCAUUCAGACCUUUGUGGAUCCCACCAACCCAAAUGCAGGCAAAGUACUACUACCCACCCCUGCCGCCGAUCCUACACUAACUUAUGAACAGACUCCUCUUCUUGGACUCACGUCACCAUCAUCCACUUCACAGGCAGCCCCUGCGUCGACUAUCUCUCAGCACAUCGCCACUGGCAACAUCACCCCUGCUGACACCCAGCAGUACGCCCAGCCCGCUGUCGGUGCCCAGGACACUGGCGUGUCCGUCCUCUCCGUACCUCCCCCAGCGGCCCCACAGGUGCAGGGCCAGCAGAACUACACUACUCUGUGGGAUCCAGCCACCCAGCAGGCUGUCACCGUGCAGACACAACCGACACAGCAGUACGCUGCAGCUCCAGCACCGCCUCCCACGCCAACAGCCAUUUAUUACCAAGGCCAGCCGUGCCAAACCAUCUACAGCAUCCCCACUGCUUAUCCUCAGACCAACACUCCAGUCAUACAGGCGUAUUCUGAGCCCGCAGCUAGCUAUCUGCAUGGACAGACUGUGUAUCCUGGUCAUCAGCAAGGCGUGGUUGUGCAGCAGGGAGGCACAGUCACCACAAUUGUUACUUCCCAAACUGUCCAGCAGGAAAUGAUCGUACCCAACAAUGUGAUAGAUCUGCCGCCUCCUUCCCCACCGAAACCCAAAACUAUCGUUCUACCUCCCAACUGGAAAGUGGCUCGGGACCCUGAAGGAAAGAUCUACUAUUAUCAUAUUUCGACAAGGCAAACCCAGUGGGACCCUCCCAACUGGGACGGAAGUAGUGACACAACUACUCUGGACCAUGAUUCCGAGAUGGACCUGGGCACUCCCACUUAUGACGAGAACCCCUCUAAGUUCUCAACCAAAACAGCUGAAGCAGAUACUUCCAGUGAAUUGGCUAAAAAGAGUAAAGAGACAUUCCGCAAAGAUAUGUCCCAGUUUAUAGUGCAAUGUUUGAAUCCCUACCGCAAGCCGGACUGUAAACUUGGCCGCAUCUGCAACACAGAAGACUUCAAGCACCUUGCAAGAAAGCUCACUCACGGAGUCAUGAACAAGGAGCUGAAGGCCUGCAAGAACCCCGAAGACCUUGAGUGUAACGAGAACGUCAAGCACAAGACCAAGGAGUACAUCAAGAAGUACAUGCAGAGGUUCGGCGCCGUGUACAAGCCCAAGGAGGACACGGACGUCUACUGACAGCGUGCGCUUGCAUUUUCUCAUGCUUUAUUUAUGAUUGAUGGAGGGGAGGCGCCAAGAGAAUUCCCACUGACUGAUGACUUUUAUCCUGACUUUUAAACUCCAUGAAGAACAUGUUGAUGCUUUCCACUGUUGACGACGGAUCAAAAAGCAGAACUUGACUGCUUUUAUCAGCGUAGGUCCGAGCUGAAGACUCCAAGAAGUCUUCCCAGCUUUGACUCUGGCCACAAUCAACACCUUUUAUCUCUUCCACUGGGAACGCCAUGUUGGACGUGCCACGCCCUCUUUCUUCUUCUAACUGGACUCACGCUGAAGAAGAGUGUAGCAUUGUGAUUUUAACUUAUCUUUGUUUUUUAAUGCCUAUUAUUAAUAUUAUUGUUGUUGUUCACAACAGUUACACACAAAACAGCCUUUUUAUUUCUUUCUUUUUUUUCCUGUCAGUUCUCACAAAUCACGACAGCCUAUAUUGCAUUAUAUGAAAUAGUUCUGGGAGCAUUUAAAUGGACAUAAAAACUUAGUAACAUGACUAUCAUUUCAUGGUUCUACAGUGUAAAUAUGUUAUUAUGAUUAUUAUGUCCAGAUGUGUAUGCAGGAGGGUGACCAGCUGGACCCUCACAUCUAAACCCCCUCACUGGCUUAUGUCAGCACAUUGGGGGAGAAUUUCAUCGUUUCGGGUUAUUAUGUUUCUAUGUACAAAGUAAUGUUCACCCUACUCAACUGUAAGUAUUGCAUAAGCACAUUGUCAUACCGAGUGUACAAACAUUUUAAAAGAUAAUAAACUGGGUUUUUUUGUACA